UUUUUUAGAGGGUCUUUUAAACCAUUCCGUAUAUAUAUAUAUACACGGUAGAACUAGUAAUAGAUACACACUACCGGCCUCAAAUAUAUUCACUCCUCUCCCACCUUUUACUUCCUAGCUACUGCUCCCCCCUCCAACACAGAGAGAGAGAGAGAGAGAGAGAGAGAGAGAGAGAGAGACUUCUAGAGAGAGAGAGAGAGAGAGAAACGAAAGAGAUCAUCAAAUCAUGAGAACCAGCAACCACCUGAUCGGCCUCCUAAACUUCCUAACCUUCCUCCUCUCGAUCCCCAUCCUCGGCGGCGGCAUCUGGCUCAGCGGCCGCGCCAACAACACCGACUGCCUCAAGUUCCUCCAGUGGCCCCUCAUCAUCAUCGGCGUCUCCAUCAUGGUCGUCUCCCUCGCGGGCUUCGCCGGCGCCUGCUACCGCAACACCGUCCUCAUGUACCUCUACCUCUGGGCCAUGUUCGUCAUCAUCGCCGUCCUCACCGGGUUCAUCAUCUUCGCCUACGCCGUCACCGACAAGGGGUCCGGCCACCCCGUGACGAGCCGGGCCUACCUGGAGUACGACUUGGAUGACUACUCCGGGUGGCUCGAGAAUCGCGUGGCCAGCGCGAGCUACUGGAACAAGAUCAGCUCGUGUAUUAGGGAUUCCAAGGUCUGUGCUAAGAUGGGUAGGCAGAUUGGGGGUGUGCCUGAGUCUGCUGAUUUGUUUUACCUCAGAAAGCUUAAUCCUAUUCAGUCUGGAUGCUGCAAACCACCGACAGAAUGCGGGUACACUUAUAUGAACGAGACUGUGUGGACCUCCGGAGGAGGGCUUGGGGGAACCAACGCCGAUUGUACUAACUGGAACAAUGACCAAAGCCAGCUGUGCUACAACUGUAACUCGUGCAAAGCAGGGGUGCUGGCAAGCUUGAAAAAGAGUUGGAGGAAGGUUUCUGUGAUCAACAUCGUCAUCUUGAUCAUCUUGGUGAUUGUGUAUGUGGUCGCCUGUGCGGCGUUUAGGCACAACCGCCGGAUCGACAAUGAUGAACCCUACGGUGAGACCCGAAUGGAGAAGGCGCAGCCUAGUAGAAUACAUUUCUAAUCGAGAUUGUUGCGCGAUUAAGUAAGGUAAAAUUUACAGCUUUUGUAUGUUUUUUUUUUUUCCCUAAAAAGAAUGAUUUUCAGACAAUAGGGUGGAUGUAUAUGUUCUCUUGGUGGUGCAUUUUCCUUUCAUGAAUCUUCCACUGGAAAAAUUCGAAUUAAAAAUGUAUUGUGUACAUCAGAGGCUUGGGUAAUAGCUAGUUAGCUUUCAAGUGUUGUAUUGACUUUUGUUUGAUUAACAAUGAUAGAAGCAGGUGAAUUUAAGU